AUGUCACGUCCUCCUACACAUAAAACAAAUGAGGCUAAACUACAAGCUGUUCGUGAAAAGAACCAGCGCCACUAUGCGAAAUCAGAUCUUCCUGGGUGCCUCCUUGCUCUCAAAGGUAUCAAGGACGAGAUGUUGUCAUUGACCGAUGAUCGUGAACCACAGAAAUUUGUCGAGGACAAAUUCCUUCAAUACGUCAAAAGCAUCAAAUACACCAAUGACCGUGGUGAUAAUGGUGAUGUCACCAUUAUCUCAAACACGAUGCUCAAGGUUCAAGAUAUUCUAAAUCACACGAUUCGUGUGCAAGAUCAAAUCCUUAAUUUUUGUGGCCCAAUCUCGGAUGAGUUUCGUGCAGCUAACUCAGUGUCUCUAUUUCUCAGCACCGUAGUUGCAUAUCUUGAAGAUAUUGAUUAUUUGAUUCACUGGGGGGGAGUUUCGGAACUUUGCAUUGCUCACUCGUCAGGGGAGUUAAUGUAUCAGAAAAACCUCCGUGUUUGA